UCAUGUAGAAUCGAUCUUUAUGAAGAAAUUUCUGUCUCAGAAUUUAUCUGAUCCAGACAAAUAGCAAGAAUGCAACACUGGUUCAAUUUUUAUCUUCAAAAUUGUGUGUUUCAACACAGAAUGUAAAGUUUAUAUUAUUGUCUACUUAGUAAAUGAACAAUAAUCAUAUUCUUUGUGAUAACAGCUUUUACCAUGCAAAUUUCAGAAUUUUGUUACAUUUCAUAAUUUUACAAAUUAAGGGAAAAUUCAGCUUUAAAUUUUGGUGUUUCAAAAGAGUCUAAUCUCCCCAAAAAUCUAAUUCCGCAUUGAAAUACGUCAAAUAGCACUCAUAAAUGACUCAUCGUAUCAUUACCGUGUUAUUUGUAAACAACAAAAAAUCAAACUCUGAAGUGCUCUUCAAAAAACGUAAAUGCUCUGAAAAUACAACGAGAUACACAUGCAUACCUAUACAGUUAAAUCAUACAAUCACAUAUAAAUCAUUAUCAACUGAGCGUAGCAAAAAAUAGAAUCUCGAUAAAAUCGAAAAAAAAACUUAUUCACAUAACUUGUUGUCAGUUUCUCUUUGUGUAUUAAUCGAGUGACAACAAAUAUUGUCAAAUAAAAAAGUCAUCAUGGGAAGUUGUUGGGAAUUUCUUGAAUUUUCUCAGAAGAUGAAACCACAAGGAAAUUCAUUGGCAGGUGGAGUAAUGUUGAUGCUUGUUAGUGGUUUGCAAAUCGGAUGGAUAAUGGACAAUCGAGUUGAUAAAUUGCCAUGGACUGAAGGCCAUUCAGAUUUGCUAGUUAAUUUAGCAGCUGUUGCAUUUUAUGCAUCUGCCGUCGGUGGAGUUUAUAUUGCUGCAAUGACCAUAAAUCGGUUGACCAAAACGAACAUUUAUUUUACGUCACUCACGUUUGCGAUCGUCGCUUCAGCCCUGCUUAUCGUUCAGCCAAAUAAUUUCUACAUCGUCUUACUCACGCGGAUAAUGAUUGGAUUCGCUCAUGGAUAUUCUUAUCUAACCAUAAUCAUUCACGCUUCAGAAAUAAUGCACCAAAAAUUACGAGGCAUGAUAAUUGCCGCCUUACAAGUAUGCAUUCUUUCAUCUAUGAUUGUGACAAGUUCUUUUGCUGCAACAAUGAUGGAAGAGUCUAUGGAAGCAUUUCAAUAUGUUGGAAUUAUUGGACUCAUCUACUGUAUCCUUGGGUUUAUUUUCACUUUAAUAUUUACACGUGAGUCACCUGUCAAAUUAAUGAAAGAGAAGAAAUUUGAUGAAGCGAUGAAAAUAAUGAUUCAAGUACGAAAUGAAUCGAGUGAAACGUGGAGUAUCCGUAAUGAAUACAAUGAAUUAAAGAAAAUGGUUGAGGAGGAUGACGAAACAACUAAAAAUAUCUUUGAGAAUGGAAAUACAAGACCGCUUGGAUUAAUUCUUUUGCUUAAAAUUGCUUUUGUAAUUUCAUUUAAUUAUGGAUUAAAUUACAUCAGAUUAAAGUACACAAGCAGCUUCAUCACGCAAGAAGGGCACAAUUUAUCUUCAUUGACAUUUUUGACUGUCAGAAUUUUGGUUUUAAUCUUCACAAUGUUUUCAAUUGAAUUUAAUGGAAGAAAAAUUCAUUUUCUUAUUUCACAUGCUGCAACUGCUGUUUUGUUGAUUGCAUUUGCAGUACUCGUGUUCGUCCAACCCUCAAAUUUCACAUUUGGUUAUGAAACAAUUCAAUUUUUACUCGAAGUUGCUGGUGGAAUCGGAAUUGGAGUUGUAUCAGAUGUUUAUUCCUCUGAAGCAUUUAAUACAGUCAAGAAAACACGAUCCUUAUGCUUUGUAACAGCUAUAGAGUUUAUACUGCAUGGUGUCAUAAUUUUCACUACUUAUAAAGUUGAAGCAUCCUCAACAUUUGAUGGAAUUUAUGUUAUGGCAUCUGGAGUUGUAGUAUUGGCAAUUACUUAUCUUCUUUACAAAACAUUGCCAGAGACUGCAAAGAUGUCUAUUCGACAAACAAGGAAUGAGUUUCUGCAGUGAGGUGAAAUCGUUUUUGGAGGAUCAAGUAAAAUGGAACCGCAAGGAAUCACAUUUCAGUGAUGAUUACAUUGUUAUUUUGGGGAAGUUCCUUUUACCAUUUAUAGAAAAGAGUUCAAAUUUUAAAAAGCAGCAUGCAUUAUAGUCAUUAUUAAUAAUAUGAGAUUGGAUACCUAAAUGACAGUAUAACUUAGGACUUAAAUAAAAUAUUAAAACGAGCGUGUCAACAAGUUUUCAAUUCACA